GCGAUGGAAGUCAACGGCCAGCUUUGCAUCCGCCGCUGGUCGACACGACAUGUGGCCACAUGGCUGAAGGACGAAGGCUUUUGCGAAUACGUGGACGUUUUGUGCGACAAACAUCGGCUGGACGGGAUGACGUUACUGACCCUGACCGAGUAUGACUUGCGGUCCCCUCCUCUGGAAAUCAAAAUCCUCGGCGACAUCAAGAGGCUCAUGCUGUCGAUACGCAAGUUGCAGAAGCACCACAUGGAAGUCCUGGAAGAGCUGGGCUACAGCAGUGACGCCCCCCUGGGCUCCCUCUCGCCCGCUGUCUCCUCUCUGCAGGGAGCAGACUGGUUCUGCAACGGAGAGGCGCAGCGGGACUGCGACGACUGCGAGCCCGUGGUCGACUUGAGCGCCGAGCAGUACCAGUACGCCAACGGGAAGAACAAGCACCCUCCGCGGAAGCUGAACCCGGAGUACUGGAAGACGGCCCUGAGCUGCAUCUAUGUCUUCAUCGUGUUCGGCUUCACAUCGUUCGUCAUGGUCAUCGUUCAUGAGCGCGUGCCGGACAUGCAGACGUAUCCGCCGCUGCCGGACAUAUUCCUAGACAGCGUUCCGAGGAUCCCCUGGGCUUUCGCCAUGACUGAAGUGUGUGGAGUGAUUCUCUGCUACAUCUGGUUGCUUGUCCUCCUCCUUCACAGACACAGGUCUAUCCUUCUGCGGCGAAUGUGCAGCCUGAUGGGCACUGUGUUUCUGUUGCGUUGCAUCACGAUGUUUGUCACCUCCCUGUCGGUCCCAGGCCAACACCUGCAGUGUUCUGGAAAGCUGUACGGCAACGUGUGGGCAAAACUUCAGCGAGCCUUUGCGAUUUGGAGCGGCUUUGGUAUGACGCUAACGGGAGUCCACACCUGCGGUGACUACAUGUUCAGCGGUCACACGGUUGUCCUGACGAUGCUGAACUUCUUUGUCACAGAAUAUACACCAAGAAGCUGGAACUUCUUGCACACGCUCUCCUGGGUGCUGAACCUCUUUGGGAUCUUCUUCAUUCUGGCCGCGCACGAACAUUACUCCAUCGACGUCUUCAUCGCCUUCUACAUCACCACGAGACUCUUUUUGUACUACCACACCUUGGCUAACACGCGGGCCUACCAGCAGAGCCGACGGGCCAGGAUCUGGUUCCCGAUGUUUUCGUUCUUCGAGUGCAAUGUCAACGGCACCGUUCCCAACGAGUACGGCUGGCCCUUCGCAAAGCCGACCAUGCUGAAAAGAUUAAUUGGAUAA